AUGAUUAAUGACUCUGCGACUCUUCCUGGCACGACAGACCUUUACAAGCAAGUACUUCAUAGAUUUGGUUCAAGCGAUCAACAGCUUUUUGACCGGAGCUCCAAUAAUUCUAUCGUGGAGCAUGUUAUUGAAACUUCACUAUCCCAGCCUGAUGAUGUUUGUUUCGGCAUGGUGAGCUGCUUCCAGAGACGCAGGCACUGUCUUGGCACUAAUUACAGCAAGAUCGUCGACGUCCAGGGCACCUGCCAGAGCGCAGUAUCGGAGACUAAUCUCGAGUUCCCCGUGUUUUUUCGAUCCCCAGAGACCUUCGCGGGGAUAGAUGACAGCUCCUUGAGUGGGAAAGUUGAGACGAGCUUUGUUCAUAUUGUUCAAAGUCUCCAAGAUGAAACAAGAAUCAAUUUGCAAGUCACUUGCAUGGUCCAACAGAGCGAUUGUCAAGCUAAAAGACCACGGAAAUAUCUCUCUGUGCCUUGCUGUCUUCAGAUCAUACUUUACGGGCCAAUUGAGCUCUACAACGACAUCGGCACCUUCUUCGAGGAACACGGAUUCUUUAUUCAAGACCCUAAAGGCUGUAACCGCAAUGUCUUGUAUUGCAAUCCUCAUCGCCUACCUUCACUCGAUUGCGGUUUAUUUCCCUGGACAUCUGACCUUGAGUUCAGACCCGUCCCGGUAGCCUUCGAGAUUGCCGAUUUUGCAUCACGGCCUGAGCUGCUCGAAAUUUUGGACAGCCAGGAAGAUCUUCCCCUAACCCCUCAGUCCCCUUCAAUUCGAACGCAACUAGCGAGACAUCAAUUACAGGCAUUGACAUUCAUGCUACGGAGGGAGCAAGGUUGGGCUUUCGAAGGAGGCUCUCCCGAUAUCUGGGAGGUCAUUGAACAGGAGGACAAUAUCUUCUAUGUUAACCGAGUCUCCGAUCUACGUCAAGUCGAAGAGCCACCCCAAUUCCAAGGAGGAAUCAUAGCCGACCCCAUGGGCUUGGGGAAAACACUUUCAAUGAUUGCCCUGAUCGCCUCAGAUAUCCACAGCAACCCUGAAACCCGAUUCGAUCAUGAUUCACCUCACCCGAGAUCAUCUGGAAGCACACUAGUCAUAGUGCCACCACCUUGUGCGUACAACAACUCCCUGAAGACUCUGGAGAUUUACCCUAACAAGUCAAUGCCAGUAUUGGGUACCUGGGAAGAACAGCUUCGCGACCAUGUUGUGCCCGGAUGUAUGCCAUUCUUCAGACAUCACGCAAAGUCCAGGUUGACCAGCCAAGAGGAGUCGGAGAGCAACAUGCUCGUUUUGACCACCUAUCAUACUGUAUCUGCAGAGUGGCGAAACGGCGCUGGAAGCGAAGAUUCUGUUCUUUUCCAAACAUGUUGGAGACGGAUUAUCCUCGACGAAGGUCUGGCGCCCACUCCUGUCUCUCUACACGUAGUAGUGUUAACCAUAACCCUUACAGCUCAUUUCAUACGCAAUGGCGAUUCCCAGAUGGCCAAAGCCAUUUGCGCAUUGAACUCUGCAUCGAGGUGGGCCGUGACAGGAUCGCCUAUCCAGAAUCGCCUGGGAGAUCUUGCGACGCUGCUCAAAUUUCUCAAGGUCUAUCCCUAUUCGGAGAAGCAAAUCUUCGACGCCCACAUAUCCAACUUGUGGAAAAGCGGGAACGACGAGGAGGCACUGAAGCGUCUGAAGAGGCUAUCUGGAUGUCUCCUCCUCCGCCGCCCACAGACUACUAUUGAACUCCCCACGCGGACGGACUUCCAGUGGUCAAUCGAUCUUACACCAGCGGAGAGAAAGCUGUAUGAAGAAGUCAGAACGAAGACAAUUGCCAACAUUGAACACACGAUGUCCCAGCCAGACAUGGCUAGGAACGCAAGCUUUGUCAAUGUGCUCCAGCAGAUUGAAGCCAUGCGCAUGGUGUGCAACCUUGGUCUCUUUUAUCACUCUCGACACGACCUUACUACGCGGAGUAGAAUGGCAGGCAAUUGGGAGGCGGAUGCCCAGGCAGCUUUUGAUGUUCGUCGCGGGAUGGCGCGGAUGGUGUGCCAGAUCUGUUCCUCCACGAUCAACACAGCCGAUGCCAUCUUCGAUGACCAGGAUCACGCACAAUCUGCUCUCUUCUUCCGUUGCCUGGCCUUUAUCUGCCCUACUUGCUCGAACCGAGCUCACAGUUCACGGAAUUGCGGGCAUGCUACACCUUGCCCCGUAGCGAAAGUGGUCAUGGGUCCUUCCGGGCUUGAAGAACCUUUGAUUGCAGACUUGAGUAGGAGAGAAUUGAAUUUGGCAUUCGCAACUCAACAACUGCCGACGAAGAUUUCUGCUCUAGUGAGCGACUUGCAGCGACAGCCUGAAGACGUUAAAAGUGUCGUUUUUUCGACGUGGAGAAUGACUUUGGAUAUGAUUGAGUUAGGUCUCAAUCGAGCGUCAAUCAAAUGCCUUCGAUUCGAUGGCAAAGUCCCUCAGAAAGAACGACAAGCCGUUAUUGACCAGUUCAGAUCUGAUCCAGAAGUCAAGGUGUUACUUCUGACAUUGUCUUGUGGUGCUGUAGGUCUCACACUCACCGCCGCCUCUCGGGCAUAUCUUAUGGAGCCUCACUGGAACCCAACAUUGGAAGAUCAGGCACUGGCAAGAAUUCACAGAAUGGGCCAGAAGCGGGAAGUCACGACACGUGUGCGACAAGUACAAGAGUCCAAACGCGAUCUUGCAGCAAUGCUGCUAAAUAAGGGCCCGGGAGAAGAGGGAUCAGAUCCCACCCGCAAGCCGCUAGAGGUUGGUCCCGACACUAUCCUCACAAUGCUCACAAAUGAUGAAUUAUCUGCUAACGAUAAUUCCAGUGGCUUCGAUCUUUGA